AUUUAAUUUUCUAAGUUUCUGAAGGGCAGUUUUCUUAAAGCCGAAGUUUGACAGCUCGACCGAUUCCGAUAAGAACGCGUCAGUCAGAUCGUCAACUCACCGUCACCGAUUGAUGGAAUCUCAUUGAAGAAAGGCCACAAGAAGCAGUAGCGCAAGCGAUAAAGGCACCAAAACAGGCAGCCUUGAUAUCGGAGCUUAGCGCAGUUUAGAUUGUAGUUAGCUGGUCGAUAGACUAAUCAGAGACUUUGCAUACAGGCCAGGAACCAUCGUCGGACCGAACUUCCAAGAUGAAACCGAGCACGUCGGAGCCAAUGGACAGCGUGGACAACAAAACGAGAAUGGAAGGCGGUCGGAAUAUUCCGCCGGCGCUGAAGAAGCUCCUCGAAUGGGACGUGGUCAUGACCAAGCGCUUUGUCAGCUUUCUGUUGAACUUCAUCGCGCUGAGGUCGCUGCGCACGCAUUGUAAGAUAUUGGAGUAUUCGUGCCAUGGAAUCGCCUGGCUGGCCGGAUGGUUGGCCUUCUGCUGGAUGAUCGACAAACCGGAAUGGUACCAGAUGCAGGUCAAUCUGUUCAUCGGUCUAAUAACGGACAUCGUCAUGGUGGCCGUCAUCAAGGCAGCUACCCGUCGCCGUCGUCCGGCCGUGAAUGACGAUCCGUUUUGCAUUGGACCGGACAAGUUUAGCUUCCCGUCGGGGCACGUGUCCCGGGCGGUGUACAUCGUCACCUUCCUGACCUGGCUGGAUCCGGUGACGUUCGUCCUGUGGCCCCCGAUGUUGGCCUGGUGCGUUUCGAUGUGCCUGUCGCGGCUGCUCCUGUACAGACACCAUAUUUUGGACGUUAUUGCUGGGAUCUUUCUGGGGUUGUUCAACGCGUUCCUGAUCUCGCUCAUCUGGUUCGAUCAAGAGAGCUGCGUUUGGGUGAUUUCGUAUAUGACAGAUGAGAAGCUUUCCGGAGCGGAGUACGGAGUUUAGGAAAUAUCCCAAAGAACGAAUACGAGAGUGCAUGAAAGAUAGAUCAUCACGUAGAAUGUAAUAUUAAAAUCGAAUUUGAAAUUUUCGGAUAUUAAAAGUGUUAAAAGCAA